UGGCACUGACAUUCCCCGGGUCUCACAUGAGGAGCUCAGCACUGGGGACACGGAUAAAUUGAAACACCUUCUCCUGAUAUUGACAAAAGUCCUUAUUGACAACAAGCACAGUCACCGAUAAACUGAAGAUUUGCUCGAACACGAAACAAAUAUCCGAAAAUGGCACUCCCCCAAAUUCUAAGUCGUAAAGAAAAAUUACCUGAUUGGAUAGAGGAUUGCUAUGAGGUGUGCGGAUACAAGCUGAGGAUCAUUCGGAUGAUUGGUUCUAACCUUGAGUAUUCUUCUACUAUCUGGGAAGCUGGUCUCGUGCUUUGCCAGUACUUUGAAAAGGAGAAGAUGGAUUUCACCGGGAAGAAGGUGAUUGAGCUGGGCUCUGGCACUGGAAUCGUAGGCAUUUUAGCAGCUCUUUUGGGUGGGAAUAUCACUCUGACUGACCAAUCCUAUGUUUUGCCACAAAUACAAAACAACAUGAAUAAUAACAUCCCCGCUUCUAUAAUGCACCGAUCAAAGGUGUCCGUUCUCUGCUGGGGUGAAAACCACAAAGAUUUUCCCUCGGAUUAUGAUUAUAUUAUUGGCUCGGAUAUUGUGUACAGCCUCAGUUCCUACAACGCUCUGAUUGAGACCCUGAAGUCCCUCAGUAACCCUAACACUGUUAUCUUUAUCUCUUCACAAAUGCGGCCAUUUCUCAAAGUGUCAGAAUUUCACAACUCCAUGUUACCUGUAGGUUUCAACUCCGAGAUUAUUUUCAGUGACAAUAAUGCAGCGGUCAAUGUGUACAAGUUAACCAAGAAAUGUCCAGCGACUGAAGCCCAGGAUAGAUAUUAGACUCUUGCAAUCAAUAAUCUUAUGAUGGUUUCAAUAAAUAAUUAUCACCAAGUUGCCUUUUUCCGCACUUUCUCUUUCCAGCCUGGAAACUGGUAAAA